AUGUUGCUGAUGGGUCACCAGAGUGCUAUAUACACAAUGAAGUUCAACCCAUUAGGAACAGUCGUUGCAUCUGGGUGUCAUGACAGAGAAAUUUUUCUUUGGAGUGUGCAUGAGGUUUGCAAGAACUUCAUGGUUCUUAAAGGACACAAGAAUGCAGUUUUGGAUCUACAUUGGACUAUUGAUGGAUCCCAGGUAAUAGAAGCCAGUCUUGACAAAACUCUGAGGGCAUGGGAUGUUCGAACGGGGAAACAAAUAAAGAAAAUGGCAGAGCACUCCUCGUGUGUGAAUUCAUGCUGUCCUUCUCAGAGAGGGCCACUACUGGUUGUCAGCGGAUUUGAUGAUGGAGCUGCCAAACUGUGGGAUAUGUGGCAGAGGGGUGCCAUUCAGAUAUUUCCAGAUAAAUAUCAAAUCACAGCUGUCAGUUUCUCAGAUGCAUCUGACAAGAUAUUCACAGGUGGUAUCGACAAUGACAUCAAGGUCUGGGACUUGCGCAAAGGUGAAGUAUCAAUGACUCUUCUCGGGCAUCAAGAUAUGAUAAUAGGUAUGCAGUUGAGUCCUGAUGGCUCUUAUCUUCUUACGAAUGGUAUGGACUGUAAGCUCUGCAUAUGGGAUAUGCGAUCAUAUGCACCGCAAAAUCGAUGUGUGAAGGUAAUGGAAGGGCACCAACACAACUUCGACAAAAACUAG